ACGAACUCUCAACGAGCGCCUGUGUUCUGUUCUGUAGGCUUCGCAAAGUGUAGGUCUUGACACUUCCAAACACUUGCUCUCCUCUCACAUAUCUCGCUCUCCCGUACCUGCACAAUGGCCGCUGCAACGGCAACCAGACCCCUCCCAUGCCUCACCCUAGAAGCCGCGCGCAUCGCAUCCGCAGCCGCAGAGGAGAAAGCGAAACAGAUGGGCAUUGACUUCAACAUAGCCCUAGUAGACAGCACCCUCCACCUCCUCCACUUCACCCGCAUGCCCAACGCCAAGCUCACCAGCAUCCAAAUCGCAAUCGACAAAGCCUUCACCGCCGCUGGCCAUCGCGCGCCGACCUCAAACUACUCCAAUGCACCUGCGGCUAAGAACUUCCUUCCGGGAGGACCGGCGUACGGCAUCCAUAACAGUAAUGGUGGCAGGUUUACAUUAAUCGGAGGUGGUGUGCCGAUUGUGGUUGAUGGAGUGGUCGUGGGCGCCAUUGGAGUCAGCACAGGGACGCCGGCGCAGGACGAGGAGGUUGCUAGGGCCGGGGUGGAGGCGUUGAAUAGACGGAAGGGUGGUGCAAAGCUUUGA